AUGAGUCUUCACGUCGAUGGCGUGAUAGCUAGAGAGAAGGCCGAGGACGGCGGCGAGCAACAGCCACAGCUUCCGGAACCCGACUUCCUCCAGCAUCUCCAACUGCCCCUCACCACUUCAGAUGUCAACAAAGCGACUUUCCAUCUUCACAUGCACGCCGCCAUUCUGCCGAGUCUGAUACUCGAAAACUCUUCGCGGCCCAACAUGAAGGUUCAGAUCACUUCUUGGGAUACGGUCGCAACGUGGCGGUGGGAUAUUCCUGAGGACGACAAUUUGAAUGGACAAAUCAACCUGAUGAACCAGGAGCUCGGCAGGAGGUAG